ACAGGAGAAAUACUAAUAUUUACAUUAUAAGUUAUUAUCAGUAUCAUAAGAAAAGUUAUAGUGAUAAGUUCGAUGCAAGCAGAUAUUGUAAUUCUCAAUAAAAAUUUUGAAUCUCUGACAUUGAGUAAUUCCGAAAUAAUUGAGAUACCGACAAAAACAAAUGAUGAUCAAUCACAGACAUCAUCACAACAACAUAUUCAGGAUGGACAACAUUCCCAUGAUGAAAGAAAUGCAAGGAGCAAAAAAAGAAAAAAUUUACAACCAUUAAAAUUAAAUAGAUUGGAAAGCAGUACAUCAUACAGAAUUUUCUCAUUACAACUGCACAUUCACAAUUUAAUGUUUUUAAAAAUAAAAUUGAAAUUCAAUUAAACUCCGAUUCAAUAGUCGAAAGUGAUGUUGAUGAACAACUUUUUAUGCUCCCACAAAAUGCCUAUAAUUUUAAGUCUAUUGAGGAAGCAAAAUUGUUGGAACCUGGAGAAUUUGUUGACAUUUGCGGCAUAGUUACCAAAGUUGAUGACAUACAGGACAUCACUGUAAAGAAUGGAAGCAAGCUAACAAAGCGACCAGUAAUUAUUACUGAUGCUAAUUGUAAUACAAUUGAAAUAGCUCUGUGGAACAAUUUAUCUAAAACCAUCGAACUGAAUUUAAAAGAUAUUAUAAUAAUAAAACGAGGAAAAAUAGGAAACUUUAGAAACACAAAUUAUAUCUCAGUUUUGCAGUCAUCAAUGUUGAAAAUAAAUGAUAUGGAAAACGAAGAAAGUAAAAGAUUAUCGGAACAAAACAAAGACGACAUUAAAUAAAUUUGAAUUCAAAUUAAAGGAAAGGAAUAUUAUUAAUUCCCAAAUAUCAUUUAACCAUAUGGAAGUUAACAAUAAGCUUUCUACAUAAUGUUAGUGAUUACAAUAUAAGGUUACCAUAAGCUUGCUAUAAGGUUAACAUAUUUAUCAUAAGGAUAGGAUAUAGGGUUACAUAAACUAUUAUUAAUUUUGCUCUAUGUUAUCAAGCAAUAUUAAAGUAAGCUUACCUUACGACAGGUGGAAUAUUUUAACCUCAUAAUAAGCUUACGAUAAUAUUGCGCUACAAUGGUAAUGACAUUACGCGGCAUGCUGGUGGUAAGCUUAUCAUAAACUACAUGUUUUGGAAAAGGUUGAUUUUGUCUUACAUUAAAAAAAUUUGAUUUUUGUUAAAGA